AUGGCUGAGAUGGCUGAGGCGAAGCUGCUGUUAUUAAUUUUCCUAUCCUUCUCUCUCCUUGUCCCGCAGGCGCUCUCCGUCGUGCCCGAGGAGUGCACCGCCGAAUCCGACGACUGCAUCAACAAGGCCAAGGCACUCCCCCUCAAGAUCAUCGCCAUCGUCUCCAUCCUCGUCACGAGUCUGAUCGGUGUCUGCUCCCUACUCUUCACCCGCUCGGUCCAGGCCCUCAACCCUGACCGCGACCUCUUCGUCAUCAUCAAGUGCUUCGCGGCAGGCAUCAUCCUCGCCACCGGGUUCAUGCACGUGUCGCCCGACUCCUUCGACAUGCUGACGUUACAGUUCUCCCCGUGCUUGAAGGAGAACCUUUGGCACAAGUUCCCAUUCACCGGGUUCGUUGCUAUGCUGAGCGCCAUCGUGACGCUGAUGGUGGACUCGAUGGCGACGAGCAUGUAUAGCCAAAAGAACAACGUUGGCGUCAUUCCCGAAAGCGAGACCAUUGACGGUGACCGGGAGAUGGGCGUCGUGACCGCGGCGCAUUUGCAUAGCCACGGCCACGGCCGCCGCCACCACCACCACCACCACGGAGCGGCAGGAAAGGUGGAGGCCACGAGUUCUUGGUUGCUUCGGUACAGGGUCGUUGCAAUGGUGCUGGAGCUAGGAAUAGUGGUACACUCGGUGGUGAUAGGGCUUGGAUUGGGAGCCUCAAGCAAUGUGUGCACCAUCAGAGGCCUUGUGGCUGCUCUUUGCUUCCAUCAAAUGUCUGAAGGCAUGGGUCUUGGUGGCUGCAUUCUUCAGGCAGAGUACAGGUGGUUGAAGAAGCUGGUAAUGGUGUUCUUCUUCUCGGUGACGACCCCGUUUGGGAUCGCUCUAUCGAGCACCUACCAGGAGAACAGCCCGAGCUCGCUCAUCACGGUCGGCCUGCUCAACGCGUCGUCCGCAGGGCUCCUGAUCUACAUGGCCCUUGUCGACCUCCUCGCCGCCGACUUCAUGGGUCCAAAGCUGCAGCGCAGCAUCAAGCUCCAGAUCAAGUCCUAUGCUGCCGUGCUGCUGGGUGCUGGUGGCAUGUCUCUCAUGGCCAAAUGGGCCUGA